GCUGCGUCGCCUGGCCUCACUGUACAGCUGACUGAGUCCGGCUCUGAUAAGGUCACUCACACUAACUUACGUGAUAAGGGGAUAUCGGUGACAGAACGAUGCUACGAUGAUAAUGAGAUGACAACAAAACUGAAAUCGAAAUCUACUCCAACGUGGUGAUCUACGAGUGUUUAUUUGAGCCAGAUUAAACCUAAAUUUAUUAUUCUAAAGCCUUAGUUAUAGUUACAAUUUGUUAUUCCUACUGAAUUCUAUUCCAUACGCCGUUGUGGAUUAUGUUAUGCUAAAGGUGAAACGUUAAAUAGUAAAGAUAAAUAUCGGUGAUUUAAUAACCUUGAAUUGUUCCUAUAGGCAGUGUAUGGAAGCUAAGUUCUAGAAUAUUCGGGCCGCAUAAUUGUUGGAAAGGGCAUUAUAUCAAGCUUGUGAGUUAGACUGGGAUUACCCUUGGCCGUAUUUUAACUAAAAAAGCUUCUACAAUUACAGCGUCCAGUAAACACACUGCGAUCUACAUUAUUCAAAUUAAUCCUAAGAAUACUAAGCCUACACCAAAUUCUUGAGCUGUUCUAUAAAGCUGAAAGAAAGUGUAGCCACUUGGUGUUUUAACAAAACUCAAGAAUUUGAGUCUAAGAUGGCUCAUAAUACCAAUCACGCGGCCAAUCUCGAGAGCACCGUCCAGAAUGUCACUACGAGUGUGUGCCCGGCCUGCAACCGUCCGGACUGGGCCGACGCUAUGGUCCAAUGCGAGGAGUGCGAAGAUUGGUACCACUUCAGUUGUGUGGGUGUAACCCGAUCGGUCGAGAAUCGACAUUGGGCUUGCGACGACUGUUUACCCAUCAGUGUUAGCAGCCGUUCAUCCUCGGCCAGUAAAGCGCUAGAGCUGCAACGACUGCAGGAGGAGCAGCAAAUUCGUCGUAAACGGUUCCUCCAGGAGAAGGCCCUGGAGAAGAAGCGAUUAGAGCAAGAACGGCAGCAGAUAAUGGAGGAAGAAGAAUUGGAGAAAACCUUUCUACAGGAAAAAUUCAGCUUGCUGGAAAUGCAGGAAGCAGAUGAUCAAGGAAGCGUCAAGAGCAGCAGAAGCCGUAGGAGCAAUCGCGAAAGCAUCAUGCAAUGGAUGCGGAAUGACGGAACCAAGGAGCCCAGCGGCAGUACGCCGAAUGAUGCGAUCAAGCAGGCACCAAAUCCGGAAACCGCUCUACAAAAUGCAGAUAUUCGUGAAGAUAGAAAUCCAGUUUCGUCCUACCUUGCGGGUGAUCAAUCUACGCUGCCUGUUCGACCCAGAUCGAACAAGAACUUUCUUCCCCAAGUAGAAACACCAGCUCUCCUCCCAACCGCCGAGCAGAAUAUCGCGCCUUACGUACGCCCAACUCCUACGCCACGAGCAUCGUUCCCUACACCAUCACUUCGUCAACGACGGCCAUCUUAUCCAGCGCCGGCGGCGCCCCCAGGCAGCAUCGCGGAAGACGACGCCAGUAUCGAUGUACCACCGCUACCCUUCGUGUACGCCCCGUCCGUGUUGGAGAUUGACCAUCGUCCCCGUAGAAGUACCGCCAGAGUGCGACAGGAAGCACCUCCAAUACCGAACGGACCGCAAGCAGAUCCUUUCGAGCAAACCCCUGCCGCAUCGCCCAGAAACGUGAUGAACAGCGAAUCGAGACAACAUUCCAGGAUGAAUUUCGAAGAUACGCCCGAAAUAGCAGCGCACGGGCCUACUCAUGCGCAAAUUGCAGCUCGGCGUGUAAUGUCUCGGGAUCUUCCUGAUUUCGACGGCAACCCAGAGGACUGGCCAAUAUUUAUUAGUCAGUACGAAAUCACCACAGAGAGUUGCGGGUUCAGCAACGCUGAAAACCUCAUCAGGCUGCAGCGAUGCUUGAAAGGGCAUGCUAGGGAAUCAGUACGCAGCCGCCUGCUGUUGCCCGCCUCGGUGCCCCAAGUAGUGGAAACAUUGCGGAUGUUGUUCGGCCGCCCAGGGUUGCUAAUCACCGCUCUGCUGAACAGAGUGCGACAAACUCCAGCCCCAAGGAUGGAACGCCUCGAAACGGUGAUCGAGUUCGGAAUGGAACUGCAAGGUCUCUGCGACCACCUGCAAGCGUCAGGAGAAACAGCUCACCUGAACAACCCCUCCUUACUGCAGGAGCUCGAAGACAAACUGCCCUCCCAGAUGAAGCUCCAAUGGGCGAUAUACAAGCAAACCGUAGCAAACGUCACACUGCAAAGUUUCGCAACGUACAUGUCACACAUGGUCACGGCGGCGAGUCAAGUGACCAAACUGGUGAACUAUUCAGGCGAUCGUCGAGCAACCGAGCCGAAGAGAACGGGUAAACCGAAAGAGAAGGUGCAGCUCUAUGCACAUGCAUCGAACAACAAUAGCAGUCAGCCUAGUACAAACACGGGAACGAAACCAGAAACGACAUCACGCCACUGUCCAGUCUGUGAGAAACCAGAUCAUCGAAUCAAAGACUGCCGACAGUUCCUGGAUCUCAACAUUGAGAAUCGUUGGAGAAGUAUCCAUAGGCUCAAGCUAUGUCGCACUUGUCUAAACCCACACGGCCGCAAUCGUUGCCGGCUGUCGACUAAAUGUGGUAUCGAUGGCUGUGAAUACAAGCACCACCCCCUACUGCACUCUAAGUCGGAGAACCAUGUUGGACCUAUCACCGCCGAAAACCAUUCACAUCGGGACCAGCUAUCGAAAACGCUGUUCCGCGUCGUUCCCGUAACGCUUACAGGGAAGGCCGGCAAAAUACAUACAUAUGCCUUUCUAGAUGACGGCUCCGAUCUAACGUUGAUUGAAAAAUCAAUAGCCCAACAACUCGGUGAGUCCGGACCAAAGGGAAAAUUGUACCUGAACUGGACUAGCAACGUAACUCGAUGUGAAGCAGAUUCUGAAGAAGUUUCCUUCAGAAUAUCGGGGAUGUCUGGUAGCAAGUCCUUCUCAGUUCGGAGUGCUAGAACAGUGUCCGAACUAAAGCUUCCGAUACAGUCGCUAAAUGUGGACCGGCUAACACAAAAAUACCCCCACUUGAAAGGGGUUCCUAUAUCUGGGUAUGAGGACGCGGUCCCACGCCUGCUUAUUGGACUCGACCAGCUGAAUCUGUCACUGCCGCUAAAACUACGAGAAGGACAACAAGGUGAUCCCGUCGCCACCAAGACAAGACUCGGCUGGUGCGUCUACGGUGGAAGUAGCAACACGAAAUCCGUUGGAGUAAGCUGUCACAUCAUGCAAUCGGAGCCGGAGAUGGACCUACACGACGUUGUCAAGCAGUACUUCGAACAAGAAGAUACGGGUACCAAGCAGGCGGUACAACUGGAGUCAGCUGAAAACGUGCGAGCAAGGAAGAUUCUACACGAGACUACUGUACGUUUGCCUGAUAGGUUUGAAACCGGGCUGCUUUGGAGAUUUGACCACUUCGAAUUUCCGGAAAGCUAUCCGAUGGCUCUUCGGCGGUUGGAAUGCCUAGAAAGGAGAAUGUCCCGAGAACCCCUGCUGAAGGCGACCGUAGUUCAACAAAUCCAGGAUUACGAAAAGAAGGGCUAUGCUCAUCGUGCCACGGAAGAAGAACUCUUGGCAGCUGAUCCUCGACGAACUUGGUAUCUGCCUAUUGGAAUUGUCACCAAUCCAAAGAAGCCCGGAAAGAUUAGGCUAAUUUGGGACGCGGCUGCCAAAGUGGACGGCGUUUCCCUCAAUACUGUUCUUCUUAAAGGACCGGAUCUAUUGAACUCUCUCCCUGGAGUUCUGUUUCGUUUCCGGGAAAAGGCCGUGGCGGUCAGCGCCGACAUCCGUGAAAUGUUUCACCAGCUCCGCAUUCGGCCAGAAGACCGCCAUGCACAGAGAUUCCUGAUGAGGGAAGACUCCAGCCGGGAACCUGAUGUAUAUCUCAUGGAUGUGGCCACCUUUGGCUCUACCUGUUCUCCUUGUAGCGCUCAAUACAUUAAGAACAGAAACGCAGAGGACUUUGCGCAGGACUAUCCCAGGGCGGCGGAAGGCAUUACCAAGUGCCAUUACGUGGACGACUACCUGGAUAGUUUCGAUACGGUGGAAGAAGCUCGACGAGUAGCCUCGGAAGUGAUAAUGAUUCACGGAAGAGGCGGUUUUGAAAUCCGGGGUUGGCGCUCCAACUCUGCCGAAGUUCUCAUCCAUCUUGGAGAAACGACGGUUCCAACGACGAAAGAUCUGCAACUAGAAAACAGCGGUGUAACGGAGAGGAUUCUCGGUAUGCUGUGGUUACCCACGGAGGACGUGCUGGCAUUUUCAACGCAAAUGCGGAAGGACAUAGCUGCGAUCAUCGAUGACGGCCGGCGGCCGACCAAGCGUCAAGUACUUAGAUGCGUCAUGUCUCUGUUCGAUCCACUCGGACUGUUAGCCAUGUACACCGUGCAUGGAAAGAUUUUAAUCCAAUCGAUAUGGCGCUCUGGUAAGGAUUGGGACGAGGAAAUCGGUGAUGAAGAGUUCGACCACUGGAUGAAAUGGAUAUGCGUCCUGAAUCAUAUUGACAACAUUCGCCUUCCCCGCUGCUAUAUCGGCCAAACUGUCUCUUCGGCAGUGGAAUCCGUCCAGCUUCACCUCUUCGUGGAUGCAAGUGAAGAAGCCUACGCAGCUGCCGCCUACUUCCGCUUCACACUUUUCGAUGGAACGGUCAUCUGUAGCCUCAUCGCUGCGAAGACCAAAGUGGCUCCCCUUAAGCCACUUUCUAUACCUCGCUUGGAGCUGCAAGCGGCCGUCCUUGGUGCUAGGUUAGCAUCGUUUAUUGGUGAGAAUCACACUAUUUCAAUCGAAAGAAGGGUUCUCUGGUCGGACUCCAGCACAGUGCUAGCAUGGAUUCGAUCAGACGCACGUAGAUACCGGCAGUACGUAGCCUGCCGUAUUGGAGAAAUUCUCACGACAACAGAAGCUAGUGAAUGGAAAUGGGUUCCCACCAAAAUGAAUACUGCAGAUGAAGCCACGAAGUGGGGCAGUGGCCCCUGUCUUUCUCCCAACGGAAGGUGGUUCCAAGGAUCACAGUUUCUGUAUUCUUCCGAGCAGCAGUGGCCGCAGCAACAUCACGUGAGGAACCUUUGCACAGAGGAAGAAAUUCGAACCUGUUUCGUUCACGAAGUCUCGCGUCCUGAACCGCCAAUUCCAAUUGAACGGUUUUCUCGCUGGGCUCGGUUACUAAGAGCGACUGCCUAUACCUUGCGGUUCAUCUACAAUGUACGGAGGACAAAAAAACAGCGACAUAUUGGGCCGCUGAACUCAGAAGAAAUACUUGAAGCAGAGAACACUCUUUGGCGACUCUGCCAAGAAGAAUCGUUUCCGAGCGAGAUUUCCCAACUGAAAUCAGAGAAAUCAGAAGUGUCGAAAUCAUCACCUAUCGCCAAUUUGUCUCCCUAUUUUGACGAAUUCGGAGUACUGCGGCAAAACGGCCGUAUCGGCUCAGCCUCCUACGUUGGAUUUAAUACAAAGUUCCCGAUAAUCCUACCGAAGUCACAUCGAGUAACAGUUCUCCUUCUGGACUACUACCAUCGCCGAAACCAUCAUAUAAACGCCGAAACCGUCGUGAACGAAGUGAGGCAAAAUUUCUACAUCCCACAGCUCCGCGCUGCAGUUCGCAAAACAGCAAGAACUUGUCAAUGGUGUAAAAUCUACAAAUCUCUGCCGUCUCCACCGAAGAUGGCACCAUUGCCGGCCGCCAGACUGGCGUCCUUUGAACGACCGUUCACAUAUGUGGGUGUAGAUUAUUUCGGCCCAGUACUAGUAAAGGUAGGACGUAGUCACGUAAAACGCUGGGUGGCCCUAUUUACGUGCCUAACUUUAAGAGCAGUUCACCUCGAAGUGGCACAUAGCCUGAGUACGGAGAGCUGCAUCACUUGUUUCCGUCGAUUCGUCGCGCGCCGUGGAGCCCCUCUAGAAGUUUAUAGUGACAACGGGACUAAUUUUCAAGGUGCCGAGAAACUGCUUAAAGAGCAAAUCAACAACGGAUUAGCAGAGACCUUCACGAACUCCAACACCAAGUGGUUCUUCAAUCCGCCAUCAGCCCCGCACAUGGGCGGAGCUUGGGAAAGGAUGGUGCGCUCCGUGAAAGCCGCUAUCGAGAACAUCGACACCGGCCGUAAGUUAAACGAUGAAGGAUUGCUAACAUUGCUGGCGGAAGCGGAGAGUAUUGUCAACUCUCGUCCGCUGACCUACCUACCAUUGGAAUCGGAAGAACAAGAAGCUCUGACACCGAACCACUUUUUACUCGGAAGCUCAAAAGGAGUCAAGCAACCGCCGAAGAACCCCACCGAUCAUCGGGAGGCAGUUUCCAACAACUGGAAGCAGAUAUGUCAUCAGUUGGACAUCUUUUGGCACCGUUGGCUAAAAGAAUAUUUGCCGACCAUCUGCCGACGGACUAAAUGGUUCUGCGAUACCAAGCCCAUUGAAGUGGGAGACCUAGUACUUGUAGCGGAGGCCUCAAAACGGAACAGCUGGAUACGCGGACGGGUAACCGAAAUGCAGCCAGGACCAGACGGACGUGUGCGGCAGGCAACUGUGCAAACAAGUACAGGGUUUAUGAGAAGGCCGGCGUGCAAGCUGGCUGUACUAGACGUAGAAUCUUUUGGUAAAACUGCUUUGAACACGCAGUCCUACGGGGGCGGGAAUGUUGCUGCGUCGCCUGGCCUCACUGUACAGCUGACUGAGUCCGGCUCUGAUAAGGUCACUCACACUAACUUACGUGAUAAGGGGAUAUCGGUGACAGAACGAUGCUACGAUGAUAAUGAGAUGACAACAAAACUGAAAUCGAAAUCUACUCCAACGUGGUGAUCUACGAGUGUUUAUUUGAGCCAGAUUAAACCUAAAUUUAUUAUUCUAAAGCCUUAGUUAUAGUUACAAUUUGUUAUUCCUACUGAAUUCUAUUCCAUACGCCGUUGUGGAUUAUGUUAUGCUAAAGGUGAAACGUUAAAUAGUAAAGAUAAAUAUCGGUGAUUUAAUAACCUUGAAUUGUUCCUAUAGGCAGUGUAUGGAAGCUAAGUUCUAGAAUAUUCGGGCCGCAUAAUUGUUGGAAAGGGCAUUAUAUCAAGCUUGUGAGUUAGACUGGGAUUACCCUUGGCCGUAUUUUAACUAAAAAAGCUUCUACAAUUACAGCGUCCAGUAAACACACUGCGAUCUACAUUAUUCAAAUUAAUCCUAAGAAUACUAAGCCUACACCAAA